UAAAUUCCCUAUCCCGGGCUUUCACGGCCGCUGACGUUUGUUGCUGGUGUUGGCUAUUGCACAAAAUCUUUCCCUUUUGCUGUCCUUCAGCUUUCUGUAUGUUACUACAUGGCACUCGGCGUUGUCCAGUUGGACCCUUGGUUUAUUUGCUUUUAGCUCCAUUUGGAGUAGGUGCUCAGACAUGCGCAUUACUGCUUUAUUUUCUGGGUUCUCAUUUUUACCUUUUGCCCUUUUGCUUGCGCCGCAAAUACAUACUCCGCUCUCGGAGAUGUUGUGGGCGCCUCAUGUCCUGUCUCUCAGAUUGUUCGCGCCGAUGAACAAAGUCCAAGUUGCGCUUGUUCAAUCAUACGCUUCUUACUUUGGUUGACUGUGAUUUGCUGGGCUUUGCAGCUUGCGAUUGACGCUGUGAACGCUUAGACUAGAGGACCCUAU